GUGCCACCUACAGUCGCUUUGGAAAAGUUGAGAGAGAGCCCCGGGAUCAGUCCCCCUCCCCUCUAUUCCAUCCCUCGGCGCCCUGUCGCCAGGCCUGUGCAGAAUCCCUGGGAAUCCGGGCUCCGGCGCCCCGACCGUCCAGCAGAGGCCGCCCUGGGCCGGGACUCCCGGGACGCGAGCGCCGCGCGAGGGGGAAGCCCGUCACGGCGUCGGGGCCGGGCUGGGAGGGGUUUGGCUGCGGCAGGCGCGGGAUGGAGCAGAAGCGCGCGGGGCGCCCGAGGAACCGCAGCUGAGCGCGCUCGCCUCCCGCCGGCCCCGCCGCCUCUCUCCGCGCCGCCAGCCCCGCGCGGGGCACCGAGCACCGCCUGCCAUGAUCGGCCAGACCCUCUGGACCCUGUGCAUCCUCGCCGCAGGACUGAGGGUACAGAGCUUGCCUACGUCAGUGCCUUCGCCUGUGUCUCUUCCGGUAAAGACGACCCCAUCCACAGUCACCUGGAGCAGCCCUCCACAAAGCCCCCCUGCCUCGCCCACGAGUGGCGCAGCGAGCAGCUCUGGACCCCUGGUCACAGCGUCCACCCAGACAUCUCCACACCUGAAGAAUGUUUCCGCAACGCCCAGAGAAGAGACCACCAGCCUGGUCACCCAGCGGGAGGUUACAAGCACAAACCCCUCUUCAACAAGCAGCGGUGUCCACUUAACAACAUCACCCGUGGAACACAGCUCAGGCGCCCCAGAAACCAAUGUAACUGCUCCGGGAUCUCAGUCUCCCGCCGCCGGGACGCCCACACUCGCCUCCCCUCAGGCUCCAGCUUCAUCGCCCUCACCGCUGCCAGUCACGUCGCCAGAGGUGGCUUCGACCUCUGUCAGCUCCAACCACAGUUCCUCCGACAACAGCACCCAGCCCACGGCCGUCCCCACGUCUCCAGAGACCACAGCACAGGAGCACAGCUCUGGGGCUACACCCUCCCCGCACGUCCCGGCUGAGCCUGUGCCCACGGAGACGACACCGCAGACAACCAAGCCGGCUGCAGUGACCCACCUGAAGGAAGAGGCCCAGGUCACUACCACCUCCCCCGGGGUGAUCAUGCAGGAAGUGGAGCACGCGCUGAGUUCCGGCAGCGUCGCGGCCAUCACGGUGACCGUCAUCGCUGUGGUGCUGUUGGUGUUUGGAGUCGCCGCCUAUCUAAAGAUCAGGCACUCCUCCUACGGAAGGCUGUUGGAUGACCACGACUACGGGUCCUGGGGAAACUACAACAAUCCUCUCUAUGAUGACUCCUAACAGGAAGGAGGUCUGGGAUGUGGAAGAACUGUUCUUUAUUUAUAAGUGCUUAUCCAGUAGAAUUCAUAAGUUCCUGAUGCACAUUGAGCGACAAUCUUAAGCCCUGUUUUGUUGGUAUGAUUGUUCUGUUUCCCUCCCUCACCGCUGGCUGUAACCACUUCCCCUUUCUGGUCCAAAGAGAAUCAUUCACGGUGUGUGCAGGCUGAUUGGCGGCCGAAAUGGGCUGACAUGGAGCGAGUCAGGCUAGACAACCCAUGGUGGAGACUUCUGCACCCCACACCCCUCCACACACACACUCAGAACCCACUUCGAAAAGAACCGAAGAUUUUGUUGUUUCAUCAGAAGUUACUUUUAGAGAGCGCUUUCUUUGUGGUAUUUCUCAAGCCUUAAGUUAUGAAGUUACAUUAAAGACCAAUGCAGGAAAAUAAAAUGAGUGCUUGGUAGAAAUUCACCCUGUCGGGAGUGACGAAGCUGAGGUCUCCAAUUCCUUUUGCAAUCUCUCUUGCACGGGUCAUGUUUGACAGGAUGCUGACUGGCUCUACAAGCCAAAGAGAAGCUUCAGGGCUGCCUGAUUAAUGAAAGGAAACCAGCAAAGUGCUCCAGGGAGGUGAGUGGGCCCAGGGAUCGAGUAGCGGGAUGCUGUGACAUUGAAGCGUGCCCGCCCCUGUUUCACCCUCCAGGCCACCUGUCUGCUAUGAGGCCAGUUCCAGCCAAACAGAGUAGAAUCCCAGCCCACAUGCUUCAAGCAGAGCUGCAGCUCUACAGGAGGCAGCUAUGAGAAUGAGCUGAGUUACAGAGUCAAAAAAAGGAGAGGCAUGUGAUGCCACCAGAAUGUGAGGGAUGAGAGAGAAGGAGGCCAGGGAGGGACAAGCAUGGGGCCGACCCUUGGAGAAAGUGGAGACCAUCCCUUCGUUACUGUCAGAGACACGCAAUGCUGCUGGAGCCCACAAAUCUUACUUCAUACCCAUUAAGUAACUGGUUCACUGCUGUGAUGCUCUAGAAUGGCUGUAAACUAUUAUACAUGUUUUCCAAGGCACCAGUCUUCAGUUGCUCAGAAAGGUAUUUCCAUAGGAGAAGGAUUCCAUAAUAAUACAUUUAGUCCUAUGAUACAUUCUCCUCACUGCUUCUUUUCUUUAAUAAAUGUUUGCCCUUGGGUAUAUAGUCUUAAAAUUUUACAUCACAAUUUUGAGACAAAUUCAUUUUUAUGGCAGUGGUUCUCAACCAACAGUUAAUGUUGCCCCCUCCCUCCCACCCCACAGGGAACACUUGAAAGUGUCUGGUGAUGUUCUGAACUGUCACAAUCUGGAGGUGCUAUUAGUGGAAAGAGACCAUGGAUCCACUAAGCAUCCUGUAAUGUACAGAUGACCAACCCCCCAAAACUGCCGCGUUUGAGGAACCCUGAUUUCUAUUCUGACAGAAUAAGAUACCCACGGAGUAGCAUAUCUUUUUAUUUUUAAUUAACUGAAAUGAUUCGUGAAGUGUUUAUUUUAUGGUAUGUUGGCUAGUAGGUUGUUCAGGGCAUGUGUGGUCAUCUUUAAUUUCUCUGUCUUUUUUCCCAAAAGCCUUAUUCCUUAGCUUCAGCUGUCCUGGAACAUGCAAGAUUAGCACCCAGCAUCUUAUCUCCUAGUUUCAUGUAGUAGAAACAUGUGUUAGGUCCUGUUGCAGAAAGUGUUAUAUUGUCCUACCAUGUCAUAAGAACUUAAAACUGGAUCAAUUUGUAGUUUGAAAUCUGGACCUGCUGCCACGAGUCUGUUUAAACCCUUGACUCUUAGCUCCUCCCCGUUCCUCGGCAUGGCAGGAAACCCCACUGUCCCACCACCAUGCUGAGCCUCUCUGAUGUCCGUCAGACACACUAGGAUCAGUGUCAUUGCACACGCUGCCACCCCACACUGUGACAGAAACCAUUCCCAAGCCCAAGCAACAGCAAGACGUGAUUUUACAACAACUAGGUGCGGGGAAUAUUGGGAAUUCUGAUAUCUCACAUUUCUAAAAGACAAAAAGAGAAUAUUCUCAGAAACAUGAUGCUCCCGCUGGCCCUGCAUAGAUGGAAUAAUUGCCUCUUCCCUAAGGUCAUUCUUUCAUAGGCUUUCCAUUUGAUAAAGGAUGACUCAAUAGAAACAAGACAUUCCAAUUUUUCCCUCCUUGACCAUAAAUAUUUUGACAAAUUGUCCAUAAAACACCUUUGGAGAGGUGCAGUCUGGAUGUUGCGAUAGUCAUAAAUACUGGGUCUGAGGGACCGGCCUCUUCCCAGAGAAUCCUGAAUGAUUACGAGCACAGCCUCAGUUAGCACAUUUCCAGGUGGGGAUUAUUGUACAAGAUCACUUGUAGGAUUUGUUGGUGUUAUGAACUUCCAGUGCCAUAUGGUAAAGAUCGGUGCCUGGACCUAAGUGACAGCUUUCUUAUAAGCUCUAACACAUUCUUUUUUAUUAGUGUAAAAUCCCUGUGGGUUUAACCUUAUUUUGCCAAGUGCAUUUCCCCCCAAUUUUUGUAAUGUUCAAAAGAUUUGAGCAACUUUAACUCGACAAAAGUUACUUAAUAGCCCCUCACACCCACUUGCACAUGUUCAUAAUGUACAUGCAUGCAUCAAAACUACAUGCCCAUAACUGACAUCUUUUACCUCAGGGAGAGAGUCUGAUCAGGUGCUAGUGGAGAAUUUUUCAACUAGGGGCCGUAUGUCCCCCCGGUCCCUCUCAGGAUAUUCCAAGGAUACCAUGAAUGGAAAUUACAUAAAGGGUGAUCAUUGGAUGGCACAAAACUAGGGAAACAACCCAUAGGACAGGGGUGCCACGGAAGAGAAACAGUCAGAAGGGUUGUGGGCAGAUAAAGGUUGAGAAACACUGCAGUAGUGGAUAUAAACAGUCAUGUAACAUCCAUGAACAGGACUGUCAUAGCUAGAGAAAGGCAAUCAGUCUCCUUGACUGCAAAUGCUGAAAGAGUGGGGUUCCGCUUUGUUUUCUUUUCCCAUGUUUCCAGUGAUAUCUCUGACCCUCCCUGGAAAUCUGUGUCAUUGUUUCAUGAACAGGGGUGACUCUUUCAUACGUACCUCACCCAAUGCUACCUCACAAAUGUAUUGUGAGGACUAGUGAAAUCAUGUCUACAGUGUUUUCAGUUUCUGGAGAAAAGUAUUUAUAAACAUUUUAAGUAUUAAUUAGAUAUAUAUAAGAGAUCUCCGUUUCUUGUUUGUUAUUAUAUUGGUGUGUUGUUUUUACUUAAAUCUGAAAAAUAACAACUGUGUCACAGCCACAUCAGACAACUGUCCUGGGCUACCCCUUGGUGCAGCUGACUAACCACACAAUGAACCAUUCCAAGGACCAAGAAGGAUGGUUUCCAUCUAAGAGUUAGGAUCAUCAGAGACAUAGGUCUCACGGACUAUUGAGUUAGGAUCCAGGAGGUUAGGGUAACACAGUACAAUACGCGAGCACUAACUGUAGUAGUCAGCCUCCAGCCUUUACCAUCCUGAAGUCUACUGGGUUCUUCGUAAAAUUGACUUUGGUUUGAUGUCAUGUUUGCCCUUCAUCUUGCAUGCAAGGGUGCAUGGUUCAACCCGUCGCAUCUGGGAAAUGAAGUUUGCAACUGGUCCAGAUGCUAAUUUGCACGUUGAUUCACCUUCUUUGCCUUUAACCUCUUUUUGGCAAAUGAAUGUACCAUUUCAACUUUGAUUUUAAAGUGCUAGUUGAUAUUGACAAUAGUGCUAACCAAGAGAUCAAUGCCACAUUGUUUUCUUAGGGUGAGUUAGCCAACAUCAUUGAAAGAUACAAAGAUGCUCAACCCUCUUUGAUAUUUGAUGCCAUUGUGUCUACAUUUGUUGUAAAACAUAUUGCAUAUCAAUUAUAUCAAUUAAAGUUUUAAAAGCUUGCACCUGA